AAUGCAAGAUGAACACAGUCAGUGUCUGACUACUCUAUCAAACUGAUUCCAUCAGCGUAUAACUGUUAUUCUAAAAAUAUCGUCGCAAACGCAGUUGCGAUUAAUUGCGCGGAUUGUAAGCACCACGUGUCCAAUUUUGAUAACUACACAAGUAAGGAUCAACAGCAAAAAUGUUUGCGAGACCAAUGCAAAGUCACGUCACAACGCCUGAAGUGCAGCCAGCAGCAACGGCGAACACACCACAUCAGUAUACGAUCUCCGAUUAUGGCUACGGCAAGGAUAGUGUUAAAGUCUUGCAUGUUAAGAGGAAUGGGCCAGUGCACUCGAUAAAAGAAUUCGAAGUGGGCACACAUUUGAAGUUAUACAGUCAAAAGGAUUACUAUCACGGUGAUAACUCUGACAUUGUGGCAACCGAUUCGCAGAAGAACACCGUUUACUUGCUAGCCAAGAAAUACGGCAUUGAAAAUCCAGAAAAGUUUGCUUUGCUGCUCGCCAAUCACUUUCUCAAUAAGUACUCACAUGUUGCCGAGGCACACGUACAUGUCGAGGAGUAUCCUUGGGAGCGUAUCGCACAAGAGGACAGCGGCAUCUGUGAUGACAACUACACAUCGAUCAACAAUCGUCAUCGUCACAAUCACGCCUUCAUCUUUACACCGAUAGCGCAGCGUUACUGUGAUGUCGUGCUGAGGCGCACGGAUCCCAAACAAACGGUCAUCAGCGGCAUUAAAGGUCUACGCGUUUUGAAGACUACACAGUCGUCGUUUGUCAAUUUCGUCAAUGACGAGUUUCGCACGUUGCCUGAUCAAUAUGAUCGCCUUUUCAGCACCGUCGUGGAUUGCAGUUGGGAAUAUUCCAGUAUCGAUGAUGUGAAGUUCUGUCAAACUUGGAAUAAAGUGAAGAAUAUCAUCAUUAGAAAUUUUGCUGGCGAUCCAAAUGUCGGUGUGUCUUCGGUGUCAGUACAAAAUACGCUAUAUCUCUCUGAGAAGGAGGUACUCGAUGUUAUACCGCAAGUGUCGGUCAUUUCAAUGACUUUGCCCAACAAGCACUACUUUAAUUUCGAUACGAAACCAUUCCAAAGUGUUGUGCCUGGUGAGAAUAAUGAGGUCUUCAUUCCAACCGAUAAGCCACAUGGCACCAUUUAUGCGCAGCUAGCAAGAAAGGAUCUAAAAAGUCAUUUGUGAAAGUCAUUAAAAAAAUGUUUAAGUUUUUUGGUACUUUUCUCUAGCAUUAUUAUAAGCUCACAGUUUUUUUUUCAAAAUAAAUAUACGUACAUAGAUUUA